GGGUUCCCGAUCUGCUCGCGACCCCUGGAGCCGCUCUGUGCCGCCGCUGGCGAGGGACGUGUGGAGGACCUGAGGCGCUUCCUUUCGGCUGAACCCUACGGAGUGGCAGUGGCGGCUCGUGACAUUCAGGGCCGCGGGGCACUGGAAAUAGCUGCAGCUGCUGGCCACUUGGACUGCAUCGUCUGGAUCGUCGAGGCUGGAGCGGAUGCUGCUGAAGCAUUGGACAAGUGCCGGGAUAGGGGCGAGUCUUUGGGACAGGCAGCCGUGCUCCUCGCAGCUUUGGCAGGGUGGCUGGGCAAGUUGGUAUACAAGUCACAGGUCCGAAGUCCCCUCCUCUCCCGCCUAGGACCCCGGCUUCUACCUCGGCGGCAGAAGCCCGACACCUUUUCUUCUACGCUGCAAGUCGACCGCUAUGGUGUGCCACAAUACGCCGGCGACCCGGAGGCUUUUGAAGAGUAUGUGGAAAGGGCGUGGGACCUUUACCAUGGACGCUCCGGGUCGGACCAGACACAGCUCGCUACAGCUGUGCACCUCCGCUCCGGUCUCACAGGUUCUGCAUAUGAGGCGGUGCGCCUGCUGAAGCACACGGACCUGAUGACCGAGGACGCGCAGAAGAAGCCCACGGCCAAGGGAACUCAGCUCCUGCUUGAUACCCUCAAGGAGGCAAUAGCAGCAGAGCAGCCAGUGAAGGUCAACGAGCUCUUCCUGAACUGCUUCUACAGCCCGGCCGUGUGGCGCCGCCCCGCCGAGAACAUGCAGCAGUAUAUUGUCCGGCGUGAACAAGACUUCAAGAGGCUGGAAGACGCUAUCUCCGGAGGCUCCGUGCCGGAGAACAUACGAGCAAUGAUGCUGCUGCAGUUCGGCGGCCUUGACGCCCGGGAACAAAACAACGUGCUGGCCUCCGUUGGCAACUCCUACGACUUCAAGAAGAUCGCCCACGCGAUGCGGAUGCAGUACCCGCAUGCCAGCGGAAAGCCGGUUGUGAGAAGGGACUUCCUGGGCAGCUCUCGCUCGGCACCUCCUCCCAAUGCCUACCAGAGACCGCCGAAGGGGUAUGGGAAGGGGCGCCGAUCUACUGUGCUCGUUGCCGAGACCCACGACGAGGACCUGCCCGAGGAGGACGGCACCGUCUAUGAUGAGACCUACGAGGCCACCGAGUAUGACCCCGGCGGCCAGCCUGAGGACGAGGAGGAGCUCUACGACAGCUGGGUUCAGGAAGCGGACCUCGAGGACCCUGAUGUCGCCGAGGCCCUGGCCACCUUGGCGCAGAAGAAGGGCCAAUGGAAAGGGCCCAGCAAAGGAGCUCCGGCCGGAUCUUCUCAGGCCUUUCCCUUUAAGGCCUCCGGCGAGCUCUCCUUCGACCAAAGAGCAAGAGAGUCUAAGCGGCAGGCGGUGCAGUUCCUCAAGUCUGUUACCCCCUGUACGGCCUGUGGUCAGAAAGGCCACUGGCAGGGAGAUGAAGCUUGCCCGAAGAAGAAGCCGGGUAAGCAGGGCGGCUCAGCCAAGGGGAAGCGCAAGGCCGCCCCUAAGAGAGGACCUGGCAAGACCACCUAUUUCGUGCUGCACCCCGAUCUUGAGGAGAGCGACCAGGUUGCCCAGGCCCUCUACGUCAGCCCCCGGGACAGCGCGAGCGGCACGGACCCCGACAACGACAAGGACCGUGUCCGGUUUUCCAAUGUGAGGGAGCACUGCGGCCCGGCAACGGAACACGAGGUGUAUGUGAACCUCCGGACCAAUCUCUGCAGCCACUCCUCCGCCAAGGGAGGCCGCGAGAAGAACUACCACAGGGCAGCCAACGGCCACGCAAGGAGCGUCAUGUGCAAGGAGCCAGAGUGCGACAGGGCCGUGAUCCAGGCCCGCCGGAGGGACGCUGCCUCUCUGUGGUCCUUCUUGGUGCAGGUUGCCUUGUGCACGCUCUGGGGCGCCAAGGCAAGGUCCAGAGCCCUGUUUGCAAGAGUCGGCCAGGUACGUGCCGAAGCCCUUUCGGAACGAGAAGCUGAGGCCCUGGACAGGACAAGGCGGUAUGAUGAAGAAGCCCGGGCCCAGCGACCAACACUUGGGCAUGAUGGUGGCUAUGGGGCCCUCCAUGAUGACGGCUCCCCGGGCUCGGUCUGGCGGCUCGUCACCCUACCUUCUUCUUCGGCUUCGCCUUCGGAGGCCCCACCAGUGGCGAGGAUUGUGCGGCCCGAGCUCCAGCCCGUGCGCGCUUGGGUUUAUGGAGUUUGCCUUUCGCCAGGUGUUGAUCUGCCGCGGUUUCCAGAACUUGCUGCCGAGGACCAGGACAUCUUGAUGCCGCUCCCGACCGAGGCCUCCCUCUGCGGCUCGGAGACACCCUUUUGCGGCAUGACCUUUGAGUAUGUGAGCUCGAGCCCAGAGACCUCAUGGUAUUGUUCUCAGAUUAUGUCCUUUGCCCUCGGCAACAACCCAAUGCAUCCUGAGGUCUACCGGCUCGCCUACUUCCUCUACUGCAAGCUCAAGGUGCUACGAGACACCAUGGUGCAUAUACAUGGUGCAGCGGACCCUCGCGAAGGAGGGAAAAGAGGACUCUUGCCGGGAGACAUGGUUACCAAGAGGACCUUGAGAGUUCCGGUGUGCAUGGACCCCACGCACCCCGAGGCUAUAACCGCUCAGGAUUGCGAGGUGAUGGUACAGGACGUUGCAAGUGAGCCCUCGGAGCGCGAAGGCGAGGUGAGUCCAACGACGUGGGUGCCUGAAUCUUUCGCCACGGCCCCUGAGGCUUUUGAAGAGCGACUUUGUGAACUUGGGCUCGCCGUGCACACUGUUGAGAAGAAGCAGCGGUUCAGAGGCGUUGGCGGCAUGUCCCAGAGCACCGUGACCAAGAUUUUUCCUAUUGGGAUAAAGGGUGUGCACGGUGACCUCUACAGUGCAGAGGUGGAGGGCAGCCUGCCCCUCCUCUUGUCGAGGCCCUUCAUGCAUGAACUUGGGGCCGUGCUCGACCUGGGCGCCAACACUGUUUCCUUCACCGGCCUAGGUGUGAUGGACUUGCCCCUGGUGAAGACGGCCAAGGGCCACAUCGCCGUGAACCUCCUCGACUUUGACGAGGGCAAGCUUGACGAGUUUGACGACGGCCCCCCUGACUUCGGCCAUGUCCAUGCUAUCUUUGCGGCAGACUCUGACGUGGAGCAGUUCCCCGCGCCCUCGGGUGACGGGCCGAACGGGCUUGCCGAAUGGAUGCAGGAAGCGUGUGCAGAAGCCGAGGAGCGCGGGGCCGGCCAGUGGACCAAUGAAGGUGACGUUUCCGAGGAGUUCGGCUACUUUUCCUCGACCGUGAACGGGGACCGGCAAGUCCUGCGCAAGGCCUCUUCUAAGAAGAGCAAGAAGCUCCUGACCAUGUCUGCGAGCGUGGACGCCCACGACACCUUGAACAAGCACGUCCUUUGUGGAAGGAGCCGGCCGGAACACCGACCACCGUACGGCAAGGUGUGGCUAAAGCAGGUCUUUGCGUUGCAUGCCGGCGUCUCUGUGCUUUGUGUCGCCCUUGGUCUGGCCAUUGGCGUCCCCCUUGACUUCGCGGCGGCCGGGUGGAACGCAACAACCUCUGAUGGAAGGCGACAGUUGCACCGGGACCUUCGCAGCGAGGACCCCUACCUCUUGGUGAUCACUCCGCCGUGCUUGUCUGACGGUUCUUGGGACACCUUUAGUUUGACGGGCCCCCGGCCAGCCGCCCUGACACCGGCCAAGCUCAGUGAGGUGCAGGGGAAGAUCUUUGAGUUGGUAAACAAGCUGGUCAAAGAGCACGUGGGCUCGCGGCGCCAUGUGCUGCUAGAGUUGCCCAACGCGGGCUGGAGGGACCACCCGGCUAUGAAGGACGUGGUUGCCAUGCUUUCCUCUGGCGAGCUCGAGCUGCUGUUCCGCCCGGGGACCUCCCUGCUUACUUCUAUGGUUACGGCAGCGAGUGUUUUCGGGGACAGCCAGCACGAUGGCGACUUUGACAAGGUAGCCUGCGAUGCUAUGGUCCAACAGGCCGCGGUUGAGCAGCACGUCUUUGAAGGAGCCACGGCUGCCAAGGAGGCCUUUCCAGUUGAGGCCCCACCGGACGAACCACCAGGAGGCAACAAACGCCGCAGACGCCCCAACGAGCAGAAGGCGACGACCGAACUCUUGGCGAACUUGCUGGUCUUGACCCCGAGGAGCACGACGAUGCCGGCGAGAGUACUUCGAAACCUCCACGUGCAGUUCGGACACCCUACGAACACCACGCUGCAGCGAAUCCUUCGACGACAGGGUGCCAAACUCGAAGCGAUCAAGGCCGCAGAGCACCUAUCCUGUGACGCGUGCGGGGAGUCGAUAAGGAGGCGAAGGCCCAAGCCAGUGCGCCUCCCGGGGAGGUACGAAUUCAACUACCACCUCUCCUUGGACGUUUUCUAUGCUAAGGACGCGGAGAUGGCCCUCUACGCCUUCUUGAAUAUCGUCUGUGAGGCCACUGGGUUCCAGGUGGUUUCCUGCUUGGGCCAAUCGCAGGGCCCCCCUUCAACAAAGGCGGUUCUACGGCACUUCCUCACUUCGUGGAGCUCCUGGGCGGGACUACCCUCUUCGGUCCAAGUGGACCGUGGAAAGGAAUAUCUUGCUGCCUUUGCCGACUACCUCAGGCAGUACGGCGUCGAGCAAGAAACGAUGCCCUUGGAGGCUCCCUGGAAGCAGGGCCGCGUGGAGAAGGCAGGAGGUCUUUGGAAGGAGGUCUUCAAGAAGGCGGUUCAUGAGAUGCAGCUGGUGGGGCUCGACGAUGUGAUUCUGGCCACCACCAUUGUGACUCAGUGUCGCAACUCCUUCCCGCGAACCUCAGGUUAUGCCCCGAAUCAGUGGGUGCUUGGCCGGCCCCAGAUUCGACUGCCAGGCUCUCUGCUACAGGACAGCGAGCGGGAGAAGCUCGAAGUUCUCGAAGGAGCCGAGAGCCCAGACAGUGCGAUGGCAAGGUCGCUCGGCAUCCGCGAGGCGGCGAGGGUGGCACAGGUGAGGAUGGACACUGACGGUCGAGUUCGCCGUGCCCUCCUCCACCAGUCGACCCCGACGCGUGGCCCAUUCCCUGUCGGUUCCUACGUGUACUUCUACCGUGCACAAGCUCCCCCUGGUGCUUCUCGACUUUAUCGCUGGCACGGACCGGCCCGAGUGAUAGGAGUGGAGCUGAGGAAUCACCGCCGGGCAGAAGACCCAGAACUGCCAACAGAUGGCGGCCAACCGCACUCUUAUUGGCUGCGCUAUGGUGCCGCCGUUGUUUUGGUGACAGGUGAGCAGCUUCGCUUCGCCUCCGAGGACGAGCUGUUGGCGGCACACGCGAUACCACAGGAGGCCCUGGAACCACCCUACGCCCGAGGAGCCCGGAACUACGUGGACCUGAGAAACCAGGCCAUGGGUGGAGAUGCCCCUGCACCUAGCGGAGAACCUUCUCCACUACCACCACCUGGCUCGGCACCUGUCCUCCUGCCGGGGACCAACCUACCAGUGGUUCGUUCUUUGCUUCCUCCUGUUCCUGAAGUACAAGACGAUGGAGGUUUACUCGACGAGCUUGGCGCAACAGUUCCUCGAGAUUCCCAGCAAGACCAAAGGACGGGUGGGGCCACAGCUUCAGAUAUGGAAGGUGCGCAGGACCAGACCAGCGCAGGCGCAACAGUUCAUCGAGAUUCCGAGCAAGACCAAAGGACGGGUGGGGCCUUACCUUUUUCAAGCACUGCUGUCAUCAGGAGACCGUCUGUCCAUGAGCCAGAGCCACAGCCGAUCGUCACGACACCCAUGGUCACACCCACUGUGGACGUACCCAUAGCACCUUCUGAUCCUGUCUUCGGUGAGCCCCAGGUCCCGAUACUGGCACCUUCUCCAAGCGGGGCACCAAUGACGAUGGGCUAUGCACCGGUUCGACCAGAGAGGGGUCCAGCAGAAAGGCCUUACUUUACAGAGGACAUUCCUCACGAGUGGUACUGUCCUACCUUGCCCGAGCAUGUGCGCGAGUACAACCUUAAGAAGUUCGCCGAGGCCCUAGGCGACGAGCAGGACGAGAGCGACUUCGAGACGGACGGCUGCUACGACGUUCCCGCCGAUGCCUUCUUGACGGGAAAGGCGGUGCGCUCCGAGAUCAAGCUCAAGGACCUUAGCCAGGAGGACCGGGCUAAGUUUGAUGAGGCUAUGGCCAAGGAGUGGUCAUCUUGGCAAAAGUUCGGCGCCGUGGAGACCUUGACCCCGCAGCAGAUCGCCGCGCUCCCGCCCAACACGAAGAUAGUUGGGACAAGGUGGGUGCACACCGAUAAGAACCAGAAGCCCCGCCUGUUGGCCGGCCACAUCUCGAAGAAGACCGGCAAGUCCAAAAGCCAGCUCGAGAAGGAGUACCCGUUUAUGCCAAAGAGCCGGCUUGUGGUGCAGGGCUGCCAGGAGGAAGACCCUGGAUCUAUCAGGUCCGAUUCCCCUACGGCCUCCCUGCUUGCCUUCAAUCUCCUCUGCGCCAUUGCGGUGAUGCAGAAAUGGGUUAUUGCGGCCAGCGACGCCUCUACAGCCUACUUGCAGUCCCAGGGCAUCAACAGGCUGCUGAUUCUUCGGCCGCCACGACCACCACCGCCUGGAGUCUCUCCCUCCGACCUUUUUCGUGCAAAGGGUUCCAUAUAUGGAACAAAGGAUGCAGGGAGGUCGUGGUGGAAGAAAUUGUUCCGAGCCCUGCGGCGGCAAGGCUGGGUGAUGUCCAAGGUCGAGGCGGCCCUCUUCUUCUUGUUCGAUGCCGGCACCCUCGUUGGCAUCUGCCUCAGUCACGUCGACGACCUGUUGAGUGCUGGCGAGGGGGAGAAGUACGAGGGCACCCUGACCAAGCUCGAGACAGAGCUGCAUCUGAAGGUGCAGCGUGGCAUGUUCAGGUUCUGUGGCAAGAACUUGGAACAAAAGGGGCAGGACAUCGAGGUGGACCAGUUCGACGCGAUCGAGGGCGUCGACUACCUGUUGCUGGAAAAGGGGCGGCGAAAGCAACCGAACUUCCCCUUGUCCGAGGAGGAAAAGUCGCAGUUCCGCGGCCUUAUCGGACAGAUGGGCUGGAUUGUGAGGCAGUCCAGGCCCGACCUCAUGGUGAACGUCAGCAUGGCGGCCCAGACCCUCGGACACCCCUGCGUUAAGGAUGUCGUCGACCUGAACAAGGCUGUGAAGAUGAUGAAGGAGACGGCUGACGCAAAGUGGUGUUUCCGUGGCUCCUCGCUUUCGCUUAAGGAGUGCCAGGUGGCGUGCUUUGCUGACAGUUCCUGGGCCAACCUCGACGGCCUCAAGUCCCAGUGCGGCUACGUUGUGUGCCUAACCAGCUCUGCCAUCCUCGAAGGCGGCCUCACUCCGAUUCUCAUUUUGGAGACAUAUAGUGGGACCAUCAAGAGGGUUUGCAGAAGCACCUUGGCGGCUGAAGCCAAUGGCUUCCUUACUGGUGUGGAGAGCGCCGAGUACGUGAGGGACCUCCUGUUGGAGAUCACCAACCCAGGUGUUAGGUUGGUCGACCUCGACCGCCACUACCUGAAGAGACGUAUCUUGGCCUUCACGGACGCCAAGAGCUUGGAGGCCACGCUCAACCGAGACACCGGUCAACCUCAGGACAAGCGAGUGCGAAUUCUGGUGGCCCAGAUCAAGGAGAUCCUCGGCGAAAAUCUAUAUGAUGAUGAAAGCUCAAGCGCCUAUGCUGUUUGGGUUGAUACCUCCCAGAUGCUCGCGGAUGUCCUGACGAAGAUUGGGUGUGAGCGUGAGCCCAUACUCGAGGCGAUGCGCACUGGACAGUGGCGACUGGAACCGUACGAAGAGGCCCGCCUGCGGAAGAUGGCCAUCCGAGCAGGUCGUGCAGCUCGCAAGGCCAAGCAAAAGACGGGUGUGAAAGAGCCAGCAUUGCAGCGGUCCCCAGAUCAAGCCGCGUUGAGGGCCCUGCUGGCGGGCCUUGCGCCCCAAGAGCGCCACGCAGCGGAGGCCAUGGCGGCUGCACGGCGGCGAGGUGUUAUGGCAAAGGAUGACCUACUCGAGGCCAUGGAGGAGGCAGCCACGGAUGUGCCGGAUUCCCCGCAGCGACCGGAGCUGCCAGGCGCACUGGGCGCUGUGGCAAAAGCCACCGAGGUCCAGACGGAAGCAGAGCGUUCGGCACCCAAAGCGACGCCGAAGCUGGGCGUCCUCUAUGAAGUUGUUUACGAUGCGAUCUGGAUACGACGGGAGCCCAAUGCGAAAGGCGACAAGCUGACAAAACGUGUCAAGAACGACCGCCUCCGUGUGCUGGGCUUGGAUGACACGCAGAAUUGGGGCAAAGUCCACGUUAACGUGCGCGAGGGCGAGCUCGAGGGAUGGGUCAUGCUUCAGCACGAGGAACUGGGAGAGUUGAUCAGGACCUGUGCGGAUGAUGACGAUGAGGGGGGUCUCCUCAAGCCAGCGAGUUUGGAUACGAUGCUCGAGUUCUCUGACAGGAACAUGGAGGAUUUUGCUAAAGGUGGCGGUCACAUCGAUGCCACCAAGCCUGCUGAUGAGUGGAUGCUAGACAAGCUAGCGGAGAACAUCAAGGCUGUCUUUCCGGUGCACUCAUUCGACCGCGACGCUUUUCGGCCCGUGGAGCAGCCGGCCAUGUUUCGAACCAUCACGGCCCCCCAGCCAUCCAGGCAUCUUUUCUACCCUCCUGCCCGUUCUCUUAGCGCAGGUGCGAAGUCAGCGCAGCCUUCGCAGCCUGUCUCCCUGGACCAGGCCAGCUACUCCUCUGAGGAAGUGAUUGAAGGCCUUAGCGCCUGCCUUGGCCCAGACCUGGCCGGCCUGCGCCCACGCAUUGAAGCCUGGGCCGAGGAGCAGGGCGCUGCGUUUCUGGAGGAGCUGAUCCAGCAUGCGCCCGAGAUGUGCGUCAGCCUGGGCCUCUCGCAGGAAGAGGCCUCUCGUCUCUUCGCUCGCUAUCGGGAGGUGGCGACCAUCCUGAACGUGAAAGCAGCUGAGAAGGCGCCGAUAAAGGAGUUGGCGAAGGUAAAGCCGUGCACAAGCAGAGCUGCGGUUCACGCCGCGGCGGCGUCGAUUCCGUGCGUGCGCUGUGCCAAGCAGGAGGCCGUACUGCAAGCAGUGACCAUUGCCUCCCAGCAUGAAGGUUGGGGUCGCAAAUGGAAUGAGUGCCAGUACUCCUGCGUCAGCUGCCAGCUGCCGAUUCUUCGUGAAGCUCACGUGAACUGCUGCAAAACGUGCAAGCUCUUCUGGCAUCAGGAUUGCGCGAAGGCGAAGCAGCUCUACACUGCGGCACGCAGAGCCUUUGCUGUCAAAGCCAAGAACAAGAAGGCAUCGCCAGUGCCACCCAUGCCAGCACCGGUGCCGGCACAAGAACCAGCUCGCAGCACGCGGAGCAGUGCCGUGCUGCCCAGAGCCUCGACUGUGCAGCCGCCUACAGGGGUGCCUGCUGUUCCCAGCAAAGUCUUCGCCUACGCACCGCUGGUGCGAACCGUCACCAUGCCCGGCACCAAAGUCGAGAUUGGGGCGGCCACGCAGCGGGCGCGGAAGGCUUACAUCCCUCUCCAGGCGUGGAACUUCCGCGUGCCACCCCGGAAGAUUCAGACUGCGGCUCCAACCCGGUUAUCGGAACCGCCCCUCACUGCCACGGAGGAGCUUGUGGAGAACACCGACGGCCUCCCUGGGCGGGUGGAGCGCCGCGCGGAUCUGGCAACUCGCAAAGGAAAAUACCGCGCAGCACGCCGAGAAGGCUUCGACAGAGAGAUUCAGACUCUCAUCCGUCGUCGACCCCCGCAAGCUUGGGAGCUCCAGCAUCCCUUCGCUAAAGAGAUGGAGGAGGACAAGGCCCUCGCAUCCGUGGCAGCUCAAGGAUCCAAGCGAAACGAGAGCAAAGGCUUUCAGCGCCUUCAAGAAGACUUUCUGAGGACCCAUGGGCACCAGAUUAAGGAGCAGCUCUCUUCGGUCUUUGAGGGACCGAUCAGCAUCAAGCACGCCGAGGUCGGCCGCCCAGCCCAGGAGCGCUUCAUGGAUGCCAUGUCCGAGGGCUAUCCGCUGCGCCCAGUUUUCCACGGCUCGCAAGCCGAGAACUAUGAAUCAAUUUGCUCACGUGGUUUGCUGAUUCCCGGCCGUGGCAACGAGUUGAAAGUUGUCAACGGCUCAGUGCACGGUCGCGGGAUCUACACCGCCGACCUCCAGAAUCCUAGGCUGUCUGCUGGCUUCUGCACGGAUCCCAAGAUGCUUGUUUGUGGCGUCCUAGACGAUUCUCGACACCUCGCAGCGAGCAGGACUCUUGGCAUCCACCAACUCAAAGCUGAGUCUCAGGCCAUCAAGCACGUUGGGGACGCCAUCGUGGUCUUUGACGAGAGUCGGGUCGUUCCCCUGUUCCAGGCCUCGGCAAGUGCUUUCCAGCAUCGCCGCUGCUCAGCUCCGCUUCCGACGAGCGUAGGUCAUUCGCAAGUGUUGGGCAACUGGGCCCCGAACCCAGCGGCGGCGAGCUACAAUCCGAACCAGGACCUUAUCCACAACGGCAUCAUCACUGCAGGUACUGACAAGGUCUUCCACGUGCGCACACGUCAGAUGGCGUACUUGCCUCCGACGCCGCUGUCGUCCAGCGAUGCGACGCAGAGGAAGCGUAUCUACGAGCGGAAGGUGCGGGACCAGCGCAUCAAGGUCCUCCGGGAGAUGAAAGUGGAACAGGCCGAAGCGCAGUGA